AUGGCCCAUUGGUUGAAGAGUCAAUUGACUAAACUCGGUGCUACUGAUAUUCAGUUGAAGGAUCUUGGAAUCCAGGAACAUACUAAGGAUUUGGCACUUCCUCCUGUAGUGUUGGCUAGAUUCGGCACUGAUGCCAAUAAGAAGAAUAUUCUUAUUUACGGACACUACGAUGUCCAACCUGCUUUGAAGGAAGAUGGUUGGAACACUGAACCCUUUGAAUUGGUUGAACAGGGCGAUUGUUUGUAUGGCCGUGGUGCUACUGAUGAUAAGGGACCAGUUAUUUCUUGGUUGAACAUCCUUCAAGCUCACAAUGAAUUGAAGUUGGAGCUUCCUGUCAAUCUUGUUUUCUGUUUCGAGGGUAUGGAAGAGAGCGGUUCUUUGGGUCUUGAUGACUUGAUUAUUGCUGAGAAGGACAAGUAUUUCAAGGGAGUCGAUGCUGUGUGUAUUUCUGAUAACUACUGGUUAGGAACCACUCAUCCUGUUUUGACUUAUGGUGUUCGUGGAUGUUCUUACUACUCGAUCACUAUUUCAGGACCUGCUGCUGAUUUGCACUCUGGUUUGUUUGGAGGUGUUGUUCACGAGCCCAUGAUCGAUUUGUCUCACAUCUUUGCCAAGUUGACUGAUCCUCAAGGUAAGAUCUUGAUUCCUGGAAUCAAGGAGAUGGUUGCUCCUCUCACUCCUGAAGAGGACAAGCUUUACGAUACUAUCAACUUCGAUCUCGAGGGUUUCGAGCAAAACAUCGGUUCUAAGACUGUUCUCCACGAUAAUGUCAAGGACGCUCUUCAAGCCAGAUGGAGAUACCCCUCUUUGUCCAUCCACGGUGUCGAGGGUGCUUUCUACAACCCUGGUGCCAAGACUGUUAUCCCAGCCAAGGUUGUUGGUAAGUUCUCGAUCCGUACUGUCCCCAACAUCGAGCCCCGCAAGCUUGACGAGGUUGUUUUCAAGUACGUCAACGAAGUAUUUGCCUCUCUCAAGUCCAAGAACACCCUCAAGGUCGAGCUUGUGCACGACGGUGACUACUGGGUAUCUGACCCCCACAACUGGUCUUUCCGCGCUGCUCGCAAGGCCACCAAGGCCGUCUGGGGCGUUGAGCCCGAUCUCACCCGUGAAGGAGGAUCUAUCCCCAUCACCCUCAGUUUCCAGAACAACCUCAACACCUCGGUCAUCCUGCUCCCCAUGGGCCGUGGUGACGACGGCGCCCACUCCACCAACGAGAAGAUCAACGUGUCCAACUACAUCGAGGGCACCAAGACCCUCGGCUCGUACCUCCACUUCAUUGCCGAGGAAGAGAAGGACGCCUAA